AUGGGCAGCCUGUCGCCACCGAGGCGGUCGGACACAGCCACCUUCGCGCGCCUGGGGCGAGCGGGCCAGUGGGAGGAGGUUUUGCUGCUCCUUGACAGCUUGCCCAGCAAGCAGGCGCCAAAGGUGGUCAUCUACACUGCAGCCAUCAAUGCUUUGUCGAACAGCCAGCAGCGCUUACAAGCGCUCCAGCGCUUCGCGCAGCUGCGCCGGCGCCUGCGCCGCACGCGUUCGUCGCGCGCGCUGGACGAACGCGCCUUUGGGGCAGCUAUGGGCGCGUGCGAGAGCUGGGCACGCGCCCACAGCUACCUGUCCGAGAUGGGCACGAUGGCAGUGGAAGUGACCGCCUUCACGGUCAACGCUGCUUUGAGCCGCUGCCGCGACGAGACCGGCGGCGACGGCUGGCGGCCGGCGCUGCGGUGCUUCCGCUGGGCGCGGGGGCAGGGCGUGCAGUGCACGGAGGUGACCUUCAACAGCUUGGUGUCUUUGAGCCGCUGGCAGCAGGGCGAGCUGCUGCUCGGCAGCGCUCGACACGCCGCGCUUCAGCCAGAGCUUAUCGGAUCCAAUUCAUUGAUCAGCUCCACUGCUUCGGAUGGCCAGUGGGAGCGGAGCUUGGAGCGCUUGGCAUCCCUGCGGCCUCAGAGGUUGCAGCCGAAUCUGGUGACGGUGAACUCUUGCUUGGCCGCAGAUAGCGAGCUAGCAGGCUGGUCCAACGCCAUCCACCGGCUUAGCAAGGCCGCUACGAGUGGCAUUCUCCCAGAUUCUGUGAGCUGUCUCGCUGUCUUGCAGAGCCUCCGCCGGGACGACAGAUGGCGCCAGGCGGUCGGCUUGCUGCACGGAGUCUCCGCAGGCUUGCUGCAACUGAGUCGCCAUGUCUACAAGUGUGCCAGCACGGUUUGCCAGAGUGCAAGUACCUGGCAAGCCUUACUGGGCCUUGAUUUGGUGGCGGGCAGCUGGGACCAGAGCUGUCGCUUGCUGUACCUGGCUGGCCGAGGCCGAGGUCUGGAAGUGGACCAAGUGGCGGCCAACAAAGCUGCCAGCCUUUGCGUCCGAGAGGGGCAAUGGAUGGAGCAGAUGAAUCUUGUAGCAGUGAUGGGGCAUCGAUAUCUGACCCUAGACAUGGUGGGUCGCAGCGUUUCGGUCGCAGCCAGCGCGCUAGCGCAGCAGUGGCGCCGGGCGAGCCUGCUUUGUGGGCAAAGGCCCGACGCCGUGGUCCUGGCCGGCGUCACCGGGGCAUGCGAGAAGGACGACGACGCGCGGGAGCUGGGGAGCGCCAUGGGCUCGAUGAGCUCCGAUCGGCCCAGCGCGCGGUCGACCGCGUCGGUCGCCGUGGCGGCGGCCUCCGAGUCCGGAUCCUCUAAGUCGGAACGCGAGAAGGUGGAGGAGUUCGCCCUGCAGCGCAACAUCGAACGGCUGCGCGUCUUUUAUUCCGUGCUGCAAUUGGGCUUGGCGUUUCUAAUUGCCGGCGUUGUUCUGACGAUGACCACCGAGGUGCUGUGGCGCGUCUUGCCCGCGGGACGUUUAGUGGAGCAGAUCAUUUCCGGGCUCGCCGCUCUGGCGUGGUUCCUCACCGCCCUAACUGCGGCAGUGGUGUCCACAUGCCCCUUUGAUGAGCUCCAAUUCGACUCCUUUGUCGCCUCGCGGCCGCAGCUGUGCGUGGGCUUGGGCAUGCUGCCCCUCCUCACUGGAGGGCUCCGAGCAGUGGAGCUUCCGUUCCCCAGGUGGAUCUCCAUCAUUUGUGCACUCCUCAUGUUCGCAGAAGGCUGCCUCCGCUGCCCAUGCUGCCACUGGGGGCCUCGUUUGCGCCGGCAGCUCAUGUUCUCCACACUGAUGGAGUUCUGGUAUUUGGAUGUGGUUCUUUCCUCCACCGUGAAUGAGCUCGCCCAUGGGGCGGCCUCUCUUUGGACCUCCCUUUGGCUAGCUUUGCAUUGUGCAUUUUGCAUCCUCUAUGGCAUCUACUUGCGCUGCUUGCGAUCCAACAGCACGGUUCGUUUCUACCACCUCAGCUAUGCCACCCUGAGCUGGAACAGCAGCUACUUCGCAUGUCGUGCUGUCGACCUGGCGACCGGACACAAGGAAUGGGAGGAAGGUCGGCAGCUGGAUGUGGCGAUUGCUGCGGCGGUGGCCUUUGCAGUGCUGAUUUUGAUUCCUUUGUUCAUCGUUUUGGCAGUGGGACGCCAAAAGAUGUUUGGCCGCCUGGCGAGCUGGCUGGACCAUUCCCGGAGCCGUCGUUUGCAGGACGGUGCCUUCAUGUCCAUGCUGUUGGACUCCUACAGGGUGGAAGUGGGCCAGGCCUGGUGGCUUCAAGAAGGCGACUGCCGUAUGAGCGCCAGUAGCCUGAACAGUGUGAGCAGCCUUGAGGAGGAGGUGACCGUGAGUAUCAGUGUUGGCCUUCCGGACGAGCAACGCCCGGGCUUCAUCCUGGGCCAAGUGGUGCAGGUCAGUAAUGAUGCCGCGAGUUUCGUGGUGAAGGUGCCAGGCUCUCUCCAAGCGAUCCGUGCGCAUCGGCGGCAGCAGGUGCUGCCCUGGCCGGAGCUCCUGAAGCUGGGUCGCUCCAAACUGCGCUGCAUCGAAUGGACGUCACAAAGCUUCGCUUUGAAUUCUCGCGUCCACUGGGCCGGACGGAAGUCAUCGACUUCUUCGUGUCCCACAGCUGGAGCGACUCUCCGGAGCGGAAGUGGAAGGCCUUGCAGAUUGUGGUGCAGAGGUUCUACGAACAGAAGGGUCGCUAUCCCACCAUGUGGGUGGACAAGUUCUGCAUCGACCAACGAGAUCUUGCUGACGGGCUCCGUGUCCUCCCUGCCACCAUGCACGGCAGGAAGAUGCUUUGCUUGUGUGGAAAGACUUAUCCUACUCGUCUUUGGUGUGCUUGGGAGCUCUGCGUGUUGCUGUCCUUCAUGUCAAUGGACAUGGCCUUGA